GGAAGGGGCAUUGCGGGCGCUGGGCGGCGGCGGAGCAGCAGGAUGGAGAUCCCGGUGCCUGUGCAGCCGUCUUGGCUGCGCCGCGCUUCGGCUCCGUUGCCGGGACUUUCCGCCCCGGGACGGCUCUUCGACCAGCGCUUCGGCGAGGGGCUGCUGGAGGCUGAGCUGGCUGCGCUCUGCCCUGCGGCGAUCGCCCCCUACUACCUGCGCGCCCCCAGUGUGGCGCUGCCCACCGCCCAGGUGCCGACGGACCCCGGCCACUUCUCGGUGUUGCUGGACGUGAAGCACUUCGCGCCGGAGGAAAUCGCCGUCAAGGUGGUAGGCGAACACGUCGAGGUGCACGCGCGCCACGAGGAGCGCCCGGAUGAGCACGGAUUCAUCGCGCGCGAGUUCCACCGCCGCUACCGCUUGCCAUCCGGUGUGGACCCAGCCGCCGUGACCUCGGCGCUGUCUCCAGAAGGCGUCCUGUCCAUCCAGGCGGCACCGGCGUCAGCCCAGGCCCCACUACCGCCACCGGCUGCCGCUAAGUAGAGGGGUUCGGGCACGCCAGAACCCCGGGAGACGCUUCAGGUUCCCUCUUUAAGAAGCCUAUCUGACUCCGCCCGGCCAGAAGUGACGAGCGCGCCAAGACAGUCCCUCCCACCCAAACCAAAAUCCUGCCCUGACCCCUUCACUCCAGACCCAGGUUUGACGACCUAGCUCUCACACCCGCUCCAGCUUUCAGGACCACUCCUACCUUUGAGUUCCAACUCGAGCACUGCCCUCACCUCUGAUCGGAUCCACCCCCCCUUUCUGGGCUUGUAUCCCGACUCAGAACUCCCUCCUGCAUUGCCUUUGACUCCUAUGAAAACAUACCAUAUCGCAUAUUCACUUCAUCCCCACUCUGACAUCAGAUGUGGUAUAGACAGCCCUGCCCAAAUUUCAGGUUCCUCAGGACAUAACCCCCCCCCUACACACACACCUCCCCCAACCCCAAAUGUCCCAGGGCUGCAGGGAUCUCCCACUCCACAGCGCCCAGGCCUGGUCCCCAAGGAUCCUUUUCCUGGAUGCAGACACUCCACUGCCUCCAGCCCAUUUUCUGAUUUUAAACCCCAGCCAGACACCCAGACUCUUGAACCCUUUACUGACAUCCAUCAGUAAAGGGACAUCGAUCCUAGGCCAAUCAGGACCCCCAAUCUUAAACUGUAGAGGCACCCCUCUAAAACUCCCCAGACUUUACAGAUGUGCUAGGCCCCUCCCCAAUCAACCAGAAUUCCCAGGUCUCAGGCCAGAUAUCCUAGGCAGCCUGCUGACUACACUCCUCAUCCUUCAAGAUCCAACCAAGCAGCGAUGCUUUCAUUCCUACAUCCUUGCUCCCUGUCACCUCACUGCCCAAUAAAUGCUAGACCUGU